AUUAAAGACUUGCACACUUUUUAAUCUCAUUUUCCAUUCCCUCUUUUGAAAUCCAUGUGCCAAACACCCCCCAAGUCUUCGAAGACUCUGUCUUUCUCAUACUCAAAACACACAUUUCAGCUUCUCUCUCCUGGGAAAUUACGUGAACACUUUCUAUAACUUUUCUUCUUCUCUUCCUCUCUCAAACGACCCAUUCAAAUUCUCCAUUGUUUCAUGAAUUCAAUACAUUUUGGAGUUCAAUUUUUAUCAGAUUCAUCCAUUGAAGUAUAAGUAUAGGAGAAAUUCAAAGCUUAGCUUGUACAUCUGAAAUGAACAAUUUUAAGCUGGGGGUAGAAGUUACAGCAGCACAUGACCUAGUGGCUAAAGAUGGUGAAGGCUCAUCGAGUGCCUAUGUUGAGCUGAAAUUUGAUGAUCAGAGAUUUCGUACUAGUACCAAAGAAAAAGACCUGAACCCCGUUUGGAACGAAACAUUUUAUUUCAACAUUUCUGAUCCAAACAAUCUUUUCAAUCUUACACUUGAAGCCUUGGUUUAUAGUUACAAUAAAUUAAACCAUUCCAAAGACUUCCUUGGUAAAGUCUGCAUAAGUGGAUCAUCGUUUGUCCCUUAUUCGGAUGCUGCUGAGUUUUACUUUCCCUUGGAGAAACGACAUAUUUUCUCACGUGUGAAAGGAGAACUUGGGUUAAAAGUGUUUAUUACUGAUGAUCCUUCCAUUCGACUAUCCAUGCCACCUCCUGUAGUGGAAUCAGAUUUGCUGUUUUCUGAAGACCGAGAAGCUGAAAAUGAGAUCCCAAGAUCAGUUUCUAAGGAAACAAAGUCGGGUUCCAGGCACACCUUCUGGCAUCUUCCGAAGCAGGACAGCACUCCAAGUCAGCCUCAGCCUCAAGUGACUCAAUCCGCUUCAGCUGCUAUAUCUGAAACACAGCCUCCAAAAGUUGUGCAAUUUAGUCCAGGGAUUCCAGCACAGGCAUUUGAUUACAAGCUCAAAGAGACAAGCCCUUAUCUUGGUGGUGGAAGAGUUGUUGGAGGACGAGUGAUCCGUCCUUAUAACAAACCAGUUAGCACCUAUGAUCUUGUUGAACAGAUGUCUUUCCUGUUUGUUCGUGUGGUAAAAGCUCGUGAUCUUCCUACCAUGGAUGUUACAGGAAGUCUUGAUCCAUUCGUUGAGGUUAAAAUUGGGAAUUACAAAGGGGUAACUAAGCAUUUUGAGAAAAAGAAGGAUCCCGAAUGGAAUGAAGUGUUUGCCUUCUCCAGCGACCGUCUGCAGACGUCUACUCUUGAAGUUGUGGUGAAAGACAAAGAUUUGGUGAAGGAUGAUUUUGUUGGAAUCAUCCGAUUUGAACUUCAUGAGGUACCCAGAAGGGAACCCCCUGAUAGUCCAUUGGCCCCUCAAUGGUAUCGUCUUGAGGACAAGAAAGCGGAGAAGAUUUUAAAUGGGGAACUAAUGCUAGCUGUUUGGUUUGGUACACAAGCAGAUGAGGCUUUUCCUGAUGCUUGGCAUUCUGAUGCAAUGGCUCCUCCUGAUAUGUCAGCUUCAGCUUAUAAUCAUAUCCGUUCAAAAGUCUAUCAUUCCCCGAGAUUAUGGUAUCUUAGAGUCAAUAUAAUCGAGGCUCAAGAUUUGAUUACAACAGAUAAAGGUCGUUUUCCUGAUUGUUAUGUCAAGGCACAGCUUGGAGCCCAAAUUUUAAAGACAAAGAAUGUUCAAACCAGGAUGGGAAAUCCCUUCUGGAAUGAGGACUUGAUGUUUGUUGCUGCUGAACCUUUUGAUGAGUCUUUGAUCCUCACUGUUGAAGAUCGGGUGGGUCCCGGCAAAGAAGAAACAAUUAGCAAGCUGAUUAUCCCUUUAACUAAUAAUAAUGCUGUAAGAAAACGCCCUGAUGACAAGAUUUUUCCCGGUCAAUGGUUCAACCUUCAGAAACCGAGCACUUCUGAUGUUGAGGGGGAGAAAAAAGUCAAGUUUGCUAGUAAGUUACAUGCCCGUAUAAGCCUUGAUGGCGGGUACCAUGUCUUGAAUGAAUCUACUUACUACAGUAGUGAUCUAAGACCAAGUCUGAAGCAACUAUGGAAAUCUACAAUUGGUGUUCUUGAAUUAGGAAUACUGAAUGCAGAGGGACUUCACCCAAUGAAAACCAGAGAUGGAAGAGGAACAGCAGAUACUUUUUGUGUGGCAAAGUACUGCCAGAAAUGGGUACGCACUAGAACCAUAAUUGAUAGUUUAAGCCCAAAGUAUAACGAACAAUACACAUGGGAAGUAUAUGAUCCUGCAACUGUUCUUACAAUAGGUGUCUUUGACAAUGGACAGCUCCUCGGCAACAAAGAUAGUAUAAUCGGAAAGGUGAGAAUUCGAAUCUCUACACUUGAAGCAGGGCGUGUGUACACUCACUCGUACCCCUUGCUAGUCCUCCAACCAUCUGGUGUAAAGAAGAUGGGAGAGUUGCAUUUGGCUAUUCGGUUUUCUUGUACAAACAUGACUAACAUGAUGUUUAUGUACACAAAGCCACUUCUCCCCAAAAUGCACUACUCUAGACCAUUGUCUUUGAUGCAGACUAAUCUGUUAAGACAUCAUGCAAUAAAUGUGUUAGCAUCUAGGCUCAGUAGAGCUGAACCCCCUUUGAAGAAGGAAGUGGUGGAGUAUAUGUGUGAUGUGGAUGCGCAUUUUUGGAGUAUGAGAAGAAGCAAGGCUAACUUCUAUCGCAUAGUCUCCCUACUCCAAGGCUUGCUUGCAAUUGGAAAAUGGUUCUUGGACGUGUGUGUUUGGAAAAACUCAAUUACAACAGUGCUAGUUCACUUGCUGUUUAUUAUGCUGGUUUGUUUUCCUGAGCUAAUUCUUCCAACAGUGUUCCUUUACAUGUUUCUGAUCGGGUGUUGGAAUUACCGGUAUAGACCAAAAAACCCUCCUCACAUGGACACUAAGAUCUCUUAUGCUGACACAAUAUCCCCAGAUGAGCUUGAUGAAGAGUUUGACACCUUUCCUACUACAAAAGGUUCAGAAGUGGUGCGGAGAAGGUAUGAUCGACUUAGGAGCAUAAGUUCCAAAGUGCAGUCCGUGUUGGGUGAUGUAGCCGCGCAGGGAGAGAGGGCUCAAGCUCUGUUGAGUUGGCGGGACCCACGAGCCUCGUUGAUAUUCUUGACAUUCUGUCUUAUGGCUGCUUUUGUUCUGUAUGCUACACCAUUCAAAGUUAUGGCCCUUCUAAGUGGAUUUUAUGUUAUGAGGCAUCCUAGGUUCCGAAACAAGUAUCCUGCUGCACCUAUGAAUUUCUUUAGAAGAUUGCCCGCAAAGACGGAUUACAUGCUGUAAAUAAUUUUGUUGGGAACUCUUUGGUGAUUGGUUUUGUGAUUGUAGGGCGACUACUCUCUAUUUUGGACCUUAAUUAUGGAUGAUUUCUUUCUGGGA